AUGUCACCAAACCUAACAUUAUUCUAUUCAUCGCUGAUGAUUCGCAAUCAGCAUUCGUUCUCUGGACGCAGUGAAAGAAUGACGCGCUUACUUUUAACUCUUUCAUUGGCGUCUUUGUGCUGGGGCGAAGUCACCAAACCUAACAUUAUUCUAAUCAUCGCUGACGAUUUGGGAUGGAACGAUGUGGGCUUUCACGGCUCUAAUCAGAUCCCGACGCCGAACAUCGACGCGUUGGCGUGGUCGGGUCUGGUGUUGCAGAACUACUAUGUAACACCGAUCUGCACACCUUCACGAUCCGCGCUUAUGACAGGAAAAUAUCCCAUACAUACUGGCAUGCAACAUUCAGUUUUAUACGGCAACGAACCCAGAGGGCUUCCGCUGUCGGAAAAACUUCUCCCACAGUACUUAAAGGAGUUGGGCUAUAGUACGCAUUUGGUGGGCAAAUGGCACCUCGGCAGCUUCAAGAAGGACUACUUGCCUUUGCAUCGAGGGUUCGAUACUCACCUCGGUUUUUGGACGGGCAGAAUCGACUUGUACGAUCAUACGUCAUUUGAAGCUGGCUCGUGGGGAUUCGAUUUUCGUCGAGGCUUUCAAGUAGCUCAUGACUUGUUCGGUGCUUACGCUACUGAUGUUUAUACCGACGAGGCAGUAAAGUUGAUACGCGGCCACAACAGUAGCGACGGGCUGUUCCUGGUAGUGGCGCACUCAGCAGUGCACAGUGGCAACCCUUACGAGUUCCUGCGCGCGCCGGAUGAUCUCGUCGCCAACUUCUCACAUCUGCCCGACAGGCAACGGCAGAAGUACGCCGCAAUGGUAACGAAGUUAGAUGAAUCCGUGGGCAAAGUGAUGGAAACGCUACAAAACGAAGGGAUGCUGGAGAACUCGAUUGUUUUAUUCACGACGGAUAACGGCGGGGCCGCUGCUGGCUUCAAUAACAACGCGGGAUCCAAUUAUCCUCUCAAGGGGGAGGCGCCGUCAGUAAUAAGUCUUAGGUUUGAAUCUAUAAUUCGGUUUUAUGCGAUGAUUGAGGCAAAUGCCUAUUUCGUUAUGAAAAAAUAA